AAGCGAACGUAAUUUUGUUAAUUACUUAAUUCUUGUUUAAUUACAUAGUUAGAGGUUGAUUAAAAUGAGUUUACUCAGUGCAGUUUUACAAGAAGUUGAUAAAGUGAGCACGGAGGAUUUAAAAAAGCAUCGCGAUGUGUUGCUCCCGGGGAUAAAGGAUCUUAGUGAAAGGUUACAACUUCUAUCUUUUGCAUUGCAACAAAAUUUCAUUGACACUUACGUUAAUUUCACUCCAACUAAAAGUAUAGAACAACUAAAUUACAGAAAUAGGAAAAGCAAUAUUGUUUCUGACUAUGAAAAGUACGCAGAAAGUAUUACAACUUAUCGACAAAAGUUCGGUGACAAGGACGACGAAUUUUCUACUUGUUGCAAAAAGUUGAAUGUUGCUUACGAAUUGUUUCAACAACUCUGCAUUGUUGCCGAAGCUAAAAAGGUCCUGGAGCUCGCUAACCAGGAAUUCGGCCGAUAUAAUUACAAAGAUGCUAUGUUAAGCGUGAAAGACUUGCAAAACCAACUAAAAAACUUGAAAUUCGAAGGCAAUUCUGCUAAAGCACUCUCCAAUCUAAUAGCGCAAUCAGAAAAUCAGUUGGCAUUAUAUUCAGCACAUCUCAGUGUGGAAUGGGAGGAUAUUUUUAGCUGGGAACAAAAGAAAGGUCUCUUUUCUCAUACAUAUUCCCUGUCUGUCCAACAAAGUGACCCAACUCUCAUACAAAAAGUGCUGAAAACUCUUCAUGCAACUGAAAGACUGAAUGCUGAGCUUGGAUUAUUCUCACAUUUCUUCAUAGAUCAACUUUUACACAAUGUUAUAAGACACAAUUGUGACAUAUUUACUGAAGAUCACAUUGGAGCUAUAAUAUUCAACAUAAAAAUAGAUCUUAAUGAUACAAAAAAGCCAAAUUACCAGACUAUAUUCAAUAAUCUAACAGCAAUUUUUGAGUUCUUACAUUCAACUCUUGGUUCUCAGUUUGAUAAUGGCAAAAAGUUCAUUGAAGUUUUUGCGGAAUCUAUAAGGGAUAAGUUUUUCAAUAAAAUAAUUGAAGACUGCAUCAGGAUAAACCUACCAUCUUGUGAUAGCAGCUAUCAGAAUUAUAAAAACAUUGUUGUGGAACUGGACUCAUUCAAUAAAUUCCUUAUUGACUUGAAAUUUGUGGACGCUGAUCAAUCACCUUUAAACAAAUAUGUUAAUGAUACUGAAUGUGUCUUGUACAACAAGAAAUGUGAUAAGUUACUGUAUGAUGUCAGAACCCUGCUUAACGAGAGUCUUUCAAGUGGGACUGUAAUCGUUGGCACAGUAAAGGAGACAGUUAACGAUUCAAUAUUAGAUGUUUCAAGUAAAGAAACACUGUGGGACUUGAACAAGCCCUUAUUUCUUCCAAGGUGUGUAAUCACUCAGAAUGUGAAGAAGGUUAUGACGAUGAUUGUGGAGCAUUUGGAAGAGAGUGCCAAGUUGCCAGACAAGUAUAGUAGACAGCUGGUAUCCUACAUCAGGGAUAUAGCUAUCAUGUAUCAAUGUAUUGUACCUAAAAAGUUUAAAGUCAAUUUGGAAUGUUGUCCUUUAGAUAUUGCAUUAUUCUUCAACAACUGCUUCUACCUAGCUCAUGGGUUGUUGGGACCCCCGUGGAAGACCAUACUACCUGGAGUGUUAGCAGAUCAGGUGACCACCAUGCUAUUGGAGUGCAUUCAGGACCUCAGGGUGUUGGGGUUAGAGAAGAUGUCCCUUUACCUACAGAACCAGAAGAAUGCUAUUAUGCAAAGCAUUGAAGCUAAAGACACUUCGCCGUGGACCCACGAAGUGUACGAACAGUUCGACACUGCGAUCAACAAAGCCAUCUUACUGAUGAGGGACUUGAAAUCCAGUUGGCUAAAUAUCCUUCCAUCGCGAAUGUAUGAAAUGUCCCUUUGCACGCUCAUACAAGCAUUAUGCCAAGCCAUUCUCGACAGGAUAUUCGCCGACGGCAAACCUAUUGAAGAGGAACUAGUUUACAUGUUGGCUGUAAGAUUAGAAGACAUUCUUAGCGAAGUCAAUGUUUUAUUUGACGAGCCAAUUAAACUAGAAGACAAAGUCAACGUAUGGACCAAGUUCAACAAAAUGCCGCAACUCUUGAAGGCACAACUACUGGAGAUCGCCGAAAUUUGGAACGAAAAUAGAGAUCAGUUGCAAAGUUUCAGCUGUGAAGAAAUACGCCAGAUUACGGCAUUCCUGAUUUAUGCGUUAGUGUUCGUCGUGAUUCAAGUUGGCGCGACGACAAAGUUUUACAACUAUGAGGACAAGACAGACCAACUCGCCCAGGAGGCGAAGAACCGAGCUGUGACUAUCAUAGAUGGCCCCAAGUACGUAGCGCUCCCCUCACCGACGCCCGCGCCGGCGGCACCGACCAACUACACGCAGCCCGAGCAGCGCCCGCCGAGCAAACCACCCAAUCACACCCCAGACAAACCGGGAAAACCGAAAUAUAUCGAAGUACCACGCCUAUACUAUGGAUCAAUACAAAACCUACCUUCUAUAAGAAGCCCCUACCCAAAACAAGUGAAGAUUCAACACCCACCGAAUUCAGUUUACAAAUAUCACAAAGUGAUUCCAUUACAACAGCACAGAAAUACCCUUUACCCGAAACAUCAACAGCUCGUGUUCGCCGCCUCCACCAGCAAACCGGCAGUCGCUGUCAAAAGCCCCAAGUUCAGUUUACCAGUCGAGACUAUCAAUGGAAUCCGCACAGACUUCGUCAGGCCACCACACUUUGCCAACUCCACCACCACUAGUAGUACCACAACCACUGCUACCACCACUACAACGAAAUACUUGAGAACCAAAAGAAUUUGGCCUAAACAUGUCUUAGAAAAAAUGAAAGCAAAUAACACGACUGGAAAUAACACGAACGAGAAUAACACUAAAGUAAACAAAAAUGACACUGACAGUGAUCUAAGUUCAGCAGGGAGCCAUCACAAAAUCAUUAUUCUCACGGAAAAUACAGGAUCUAGUACUGCGCAUCCCGCCACCCGUCCUCCGUACCGCAGGGUCACCAGGAACCCUUCCAAGAAAAAGCCUUCCACAGCAGCGCCAGCCAACUUGCCUCACAUCGAGCCUAACGACUGGGUCCCCAUCAUUCCAUCGCACUACCCAUUAAACAAAGUAAGAAAAUCUAAACAGACUACUAUAAGUAGACGGUCAGAUAGAUCGGAUGUCUACCUAAGCGAUCCGAACGAAUCUCCCGUUAAAGAUAAGCGAAUGAUGUAUUUGCAAUCGUUCGGUCUGAUCCCCGUGGGCGGCUCGCCAACCCCCACCGCGGCUGCCGCUGCCGCCAGAAAAAAUAUAAUAUUCAUCGGCAGAUCAAAACAACUGAAUCCGUAUGUGUAUUCUGGUUACAGAGGGAAACCGGUCGUACACACAACUCACAUUAAGGGGGACUACCAGACCGACGAGAGCAACCCGCCGAAAAUCAUCACGAGAAUCAAGCAUCAUCACCACCAUCACCAUCACAAAUAUGUCAAGACCGUCGAGAAGCCAGUCCGGGUGGAAGUGCCGAAGCCGGUGUCCGUGCCGGUGCCCGUACCGGUGCCAGUCAAAGUUGAGCAAAAGGUCCCGUACCCCGUCCCCGUCAAGGUCCCGCACCCGGUCCCAGUCAAGGUCGUCGAGAAGCAGUACGUCCCAAAACCCUACCCCGUGGUACAGUACGUCCCUAAACCGUACCCCGUGGUACAGCAAGUAAAAGUACCACAACCGGUACCAGUUCAUAUAGAAAAACAAGUGCCAGUGGAAGUACCUAAACCGUACCCAGUGGCCGUGCCUGUGGAGAAGAAAGUGCCCGUCCCCUAUCCAGUAAGGAUACUCGUACCACAUCCAGUUCCUUACGAGACCAAGGUGCCAGUGCCGGUCAAGGAGCCAGUUGAAGUCAUAAAGCACGUCGCUGUGCGAGUCCCAUACCCGCAACCGUAUCCUGUUAAAGUGCCACAACCAGUUCCCGUACCAUAUGAGAAAAGAGUCCCUUAUCCCGUUGAAGUUGAGAAAAAAGUACCGAUGCCAUUCAAAGUUCUCGUACCUGAAAGAGUUGAAGUCGAAAAGAGGGUACCUGUUUACAUUCCUAGACCUUAUCCCGUUGAAAAGAGAGUACCUGUGCCUGUCAAAGUUCCGUAUCCAGUGAAAGUACCCAUCAGAGUUCCCGUUGGAAUUCCCAUAAUAGUUCACCCUUCGCCUAGUAGCGGCGAGCAAGUUGUUACGAGCGGCCUGUCAGUCGGAGACGACGGGUCACAGAACAACCAACAACUCACACACUAUUCGUACUCCGUGAAUGGCAACACGGUAACGACCUCCCCGCAGAAUACAGUAACACUUCACGGGAACGUUGCCACCGACAAUCCACACCAGACUGUGACCUUCCAUGGAAACACAAUCACCCAGAGCCCGCACCAGACAGUCACAUUCCACGGCAGAAACAACUUCAACGGCUUCCAGUCGAGAAUGGACGUAUUUGACGAGACGACGACGGCUUUCGGCACAACGAUUGGCAGCUCGACCCAAGUAGAAUUAAGCACGCCUGAAAACACAUCAACAUCGGUGCAAUCCAUCACAGAAACUACCACUAAACAAAAUAUCACGACACCCACAUUACAGUCACGGUAGAAGUGAAACAUAAGGACAAUUUAUUAAUGUAAAUAUUAUAUUAGUCGCAAAAACUUUAAAUUAGAUAGUUAUUAUAUAAAUUGUAAUUUAUACUAGGUAACAUUUAAGUUGUUGGUAAAUUAUUUGAAGCGUGAUUGUCGAA